AUAAAAUCCCAGGCGCUCUCUGCCCCUGGAGCACUCAGUCAUUACAGACAUCUCUAUUGCUACUGAACUUCUCUGUUGAAACCGACAAUGAAAGCCUACUUGGUUCUGCUCCUGCUGCUUCCUCUGUGCACAGCGGACCAUCACAUUGAGUGUUAUGGUGAGGACUUCUUAAUGCUAAGGAACCAGCUCCUUAAGUGCUCAAGCAAAACAGAGCAGGCCUGCUACACAAGGAAGUCUGGGGAGAAAGGCUGUGCUAGGCUGGAGUUCUGCUCGCGACCCGGCUGGACAUGUUGCUAUCAGAACCGCUGCAAUGCCUAGAUCUGGUUCCUGGGGCCACUGACCCAUAGUAGCCAGGACAGGCAAAGGAGGGAGAACAUAACAGGGGGAGGAAUGAUCUGCGAUAGUAGCUGACAACAACUUAAAUAUAGGCCUACUCUAGGUGCCAGUACUGUUUAGCACUUUCUGAAUGUUUUUAUGAGUAACUAUACCUAUGCAAUAUGUAGAUAUAUAAUCUUGAUUUGAUGUAAGGUCAAACAAAAUAAAGUCUUAGGACAAAUUCUCUCACCA